CCACCACCGGGACGCAUGGCUCCGGCGAUGGGGCUCAAGCGGCCGGCGGCGGUGUCGGGGAGCGCCACGCAGACCAUCACCCUCCCCGCGCCGGCCGUCAGGGACGCGGUGCGCGGCGCGCUGCGGGACGCCGAGGCAUCGCCGCCCUCCUCCGCCAGGGCGCCGGCGCCGCCCGCCGCGGUCGACGGGGUCCUCUGCCUCGAGGAGGUGGACGGCAGGCGCUGGAGCUACGUCGUCGAGGGCUCCGCCUCCUCCGCGCAGCCCAAGCCCGGCAGGGUCAGCGCCAGGGCCAGGGCCGCGCCCGUCGGGGCCACCUUCAGGGCCGUGCCGCUCCAGUCCCCGCUGCCGCCCGCCGAGGAAAUUAUGAACUUCAUAAGGUCAUAUGUUGUGCCCGAAGGUUUUCCAGAUAGCGUCACUCCUUCAUAUGUUCCAUACAUGACAUGGAGAGCACUGAAGCAUUUCUUUGGUGGAGCAAUGAGCGUAUUUACAACAAGAGCCUUGUUAAACUCUGUGGGAGUCUCACAAAGCAGGGCUACAUCUGGUGCGGUGGCUAUUAACUGGAUACUCAAGGAUGGUGCUGGGCGUGUCGGAAAAAUGCUUUUUGCACGUCAAGGGAAGAAAUUUGACUGUGACCUCAAGCAGCUCCGCUUUUCUGGAGAUCUCAUGAUGGAACUGGGAGCUGGGAUAGAGUUAGCAACUGCAGCAUUCCCUCAACUUUUCCUGCCGUUGGCUUGCAUGGCAAAUGUUGUCAAGAAUGUUGCUGCUGUUACAUCUACCUCAACCCGCACACCAAUCUACAAGGCAUAUGCGAAAGGAGAAAAUAUUGGAGAUGUUACUGCUAAAGGAGAAAGUGUUGGGAACAUCGCUGAUCUGUUGGGUACCGGUAUGAGCAUUCUCAUCUCCAAGAGGAAUCCAUCAUUGGUGGCUUCAUUUGCAGUCUUGUCCUGUGGAUACCUCCUUAGUUCAUAUCAAGAGGUAAGGUCUGUUGUGCUGAACACGCUAAAUACGGCAAGAUUCACUGUGGCAGUGGAUUCCUUCGUAAAGACUGGGCAUGUUCCGUCAUUGAAGGAAGGAAACUCAGAGGAGACAGUAUUUAAUCCACCUUGGAGACAUCAACCUGUUGCGAUAGGUUCAAGAUUUGGGGAGGCAUUUCAAGAACCUGCUUCAUUCGUUGCUACGAGGCCUUUGUUUGAGGAUGAGAGGUACAUUGUUACAUAUAACCCUACAAAGGACAGGGUUUAUGCUUUGCUCAAGGACCAAGCAAGGCAAGAUGACGUUCUCAAAGCUGCCUUCCAUGCACAUGUCUUGCUGCAUUUUAUUACUGCAUCACAUGCUAAUCUGAAAGCACGGAAGCGCUUGAACUCCGACCAAGGGUCACACCAGUAUGUAAACCCAAACCCUCUGAACAUGGACUUUCUACCACACAUUGAAGAAUCUUGCAAGAUUGUUACAUCGUCGUAUGGAAUAUUCAAGAGGAAAGCAAGAGAACAGGGAUGGAUAAUGUCGGAGUCGCUGCUUAAUCCUGGCAAAGCUCGACUGUGUGGAGUAGUACCACAAUGAUGUAAGUGUCAUUUGUGAUGACCAACGGGAUGAGAUAGUUCAUUUCAUACAUUGGAGUCUGGGCCUAUGCGAGUUGGCAAGUUCUAGCUGAAAUCAACCUCUUUCCGUUCAAGUCGGUCAGACUAGAAGGAAUAGUACUCGGCUUGGUACCAUCUCAAGUUGUCAACUCUCAGAGGGCUUGGCUGACUCGUGGAAGGACCAGUGAGGGAACCUGUAACUAACUGAAAAAACUGACUAACAAGUUGUAUAUGCGUCUGGUGUAUAAGGGAGACAGAUAUCCGACCUAUUUGUAGCCGGUCUAGGUGUCCGUCUGUUGAGUUCUUGUAUCGAGUAUGACUAGUUUGUUUCCCAGUAACUUUGCGGUGCUGUGGUUUCUCAUCGUUUUGUGACUCCGGUUGCUGUAAAUGCGGGAUUUACCUAAAGAAGAGCUCUGUUUGAUUA